AAGUAAUUAUUAAAAAAAUGGAAAAUAGGGUAUCACUAAUUUCCCCAUAUAAAUAUACCCCUUGAGCUCUCUCAAACCAAGCCUGCAGUUUUUAGUGGACUACUCCAAAUAUGUUCUACUAAAUUGUGUAUACACAUAUAUGAAUAUAUGAUACAUACAUCAAAACCUAUCAAUUUUCCUUCAUUCUCAUCACUACAUUUUCUCUUCCAUAUCUCCACUACACGAAAUGAGAAGCCCGGCCAGGAUCAUGUGGGCCGCGCGGCUGCACUCCGCCGUAAGAGCCGCCUUAGCAUGCGCCGUAGUAGGCGGCGCCACCCUCUAUGGGCCCACAUUCAUCACAGACCAAAUCAAAUUCCCCGCCUUCUCAUACGUAACAGUUAUUCUCAUAACAUUCGACGCCGCCACCGUACUCGGCGGCUCACUCCGCGGCUGCUGGCACGCAUUCUGUGCCACAGCUCAGGUGGUCCCGCCAGCCAUGGCCGGGCGGUGGCUCGCCGGAGAUAAGGCUGGUCUGUCCAUCUGGAUGGCGGCUCUGGCGACGGCAGCAGCCUCCUUCGUGAUCGUGUUGCCUGAGUCGACGCAUCUGACGGCUAAGAGGAUCGCUCUAGGGCAGCUUGUGUUGGCGUGCACGGAGGCUGUUAUUACAAGUGAUGAAAGCAGUAGUGGAUUUAUGCACCCUCUACAUAUUGCUGCAAGCACUGCCUUGGGCGCAUUGGCUUCCGUAUCCGCUUUGUUGCUUCCGUUUCCUCGGCUCGCCCAUUACGAGGUAGAGAAACUACGCCGAGUAUAUGCUGAAAAUGCUCGUGAGAGAAUGAAUCUAUACUUACGUGCUUUUAAAGCCAACAACAAUCGGACCAAAACAGAGCUCUUAUUACAAGCCAAGCCCUUUGCCGAAACAGGAAACAAACUUCUACAGAAUAUCACAAUCUUACAAGAAGUAGUAUGGUGGGAAAGACCUUGGAGCCAUUACGUUAUACACGACUUAAUUAGCAUCGAAGACCGAUUAAGAAGCACGGAACUGACAAUGAGAGGAAUAGAAUAUUCCCUCGUUUAUUCUCAAACAUGUACACCAGAUAAUCAAGAACAACUCUCCAGUGUAUUAGAUAGUAUUUCGUGUCAGCUUCACCACGAAAUCGAGCAUGCUAUACUUCAAACGGAAGCCGCAGCACAUGAAAAAAGAAGAGGAAGCACAUUCAUCGAAAAAAACCUCUCGUCACAACUCGCGCCUAUACAAAACAAGCAUGAAUGGCUAUGUUUCUUCUUCUCAUGCAAAGAUAUAUUGCUCAACGAUACCAACGAAAAUCGUAAACCCCAAACUCAACCUCAAAAAACAGAGUUCACCAUCACCGAAAAAAUCAAGAAUUGGAUCUUCAAACUCACCAGGAGUGACAGACUCGAAUCGGCAUUAAAGUGCUCGAUUUCUUUAGGUCUUGCAGUGGUCACCGGUUUGAUGCUAGAGAGAGAAAACGGGUGCUGGGCGAGCCUCACGUUAGCCACCGGCUUCUCCAUAGGGAAGCAGCCCUUCUUCACAACAGCAAACUCUAGAGCACAAGGGACAGCUGUCGGAUCGGUGUACGGCGUAAUAUGCUGCUUUAUAUUCCGUUACUUAGAACUACGGCUCGUAUCCCUUCUCCCAUGGAUAGUUUUCUCCGUCUUUAUAAGGCACAGCCGAAUGUACGGCCAAACGGGCGGAAUCUCAGCAGCUAUAGGGGCUUCACUAAUACUCGGGAGAAAGAAGUACGGCGCCCCGACCGAAUUUGCUAUUGCCAGAAUCACGGCAGUUUUUGUCGGACUGUUAUGUUUGCUUCUCGUUGAGCUUCUUAUGCAGCCAAACAGAGCAGCCACUCUAGCCAAGAGACAGCUGUAUCUGACAUUGGAAGCCCUAAAGAAUUCCUUAAACGAAACGGGAUCUCGCAGAGUUUCCAAAUUUUUACAAGCGAGAGAGAAAAAUCAAAGAAAACUCGAGACCCUUUUCCAAGAACUGAGGAAAUCAGUUGCGGAUGCUGACUCGGAGCCCGAUUUUUGGUGCUUGCCUUUUCAGACAACCUGCUACAAAAAGGUGGUGGCAUCUUUGUCCUGUAUAGAGAAUAUGCUGUACUUUCUCGAGCUCAAUUUAGAUUUAGUGUCGGAAACUUUAAGGCACGAGUUGAACGAGCAGGUUAAUAAUGAACUCGAACUACUCCAAGAAUCUGUAAAUUCUUUGCUGAAAUAUUUAGACAAUGCUUCUUCGAUCAAAUCGAGGGAUAUUGAGGCGGGAAAGUCGCGAAACUCGGAGAAAGUAAACGCUUUGGUCGUAGAAUAUGAAGACAAGGAAAACGAGAAACGACGACAGGGCGAAUGGGUGGUUCGAUGUAUCGGUGCUAUAGGGUUCUGCAUCGGUUCUAUAAGGAAAGAAAUAGAUAAUGUAGAGAUCUGUGUAAAGGAAAUAGUGCAAUGGGAGAAUUUUUCGACCAAAUAGAAACUUCAAAUAACUCGUUUAAAUAAUCGCCUGUUAUGUAUUAUCGUGUUCGACGGGUUUAAAUGUCGGUGUUUUUA